AUGCCUGCACCAGGUGACCAGUGGAAGGACAACAAGUUCAGCAACCCGUACGAAGAGCAGAAGAACCACAUCAAUGAAUACACGGCACAGGAGAUAGCGACAUUGCAAAGUCGUCUGGACAAGCAACUUGGCCCCGAAUACAUCUCAACACGUCCAGGCAAUGGAGGUGGCAAAGUGCACUAUCUUGCUGCCGAAAAGGUCAUCAAUCUUGCCAACGAGGUCUUUGGCUUCAACGGAUGGAGCAGUGCCAUCAGAGAUGUUCAGAUCGACUUUGUGAGUCUUGUUGACAUCCUAUUGAUAUGGCAUAAUGCUGACUUCCACAGUNGCGACGAGAGUCCAACAACAGGAAAGAUCAACUUGGGCCUGUCGACCAUUGUGCGCGUCUCUCUGAGGGACGGUACAUUCCACGAGGAUGUCGGCUACGGACACAUCGAAAACUGCAAAGGCAAAGCAGCUGCCUUCGAGAAAGCAAAGAAAGAAGCCGUGACCGACGCCUUGAAACGUGCAUUGCGCAACUUCGGAAAUGUCCUAGGCAAUUGUCUAUACGACAAGGACUACCUUCAAAGAGUGACAAAGGUCAGGGUUGCGCCAACUAAAUGGGAUGCCGACAAUCUACACCGUCACCCAGACUUUGCUCCUAUCAAGAAAGAAGCUCUCGCGGGCCCAUCUACCUCCACAACCAUCGCUGCACCGCCACCGGCACGCAUUCCUAGCGCUCAAUCAAACACUUCAGAAUUCGAGGACGAGUUUGGAGGAAAUCUAUUUGACGAGGUGGACUUCAGCCAUCCUGACGAGGUACAUUUGGACAACUCUAUUACCGAAGUCUCUGUUGAGACGCCAGUCCGACCUCCUGCCAACUCUGUCUCAGCACAAGCCAUCAAUCGCCAACAACCGAACAGGGUAGCAUCCAUGCCCAACGUCCGCCAGUUCUCUGCUGGUCCUCAGAAUGGUCAACAGAACGGUCAGCAACCACGGCCUCAAGCACCAUCUCAGACCUUCAAGAACUCGAACAACAUGAACAACCAACCACCGAACCGUAUGAUGCCUCCUCCUCACCAAGCCAACAACCAGAAUGGCUCUCGCUCAAAUCCUUCCUCUGCCACCGAAUCAACAGCUACCAACGGUAGACAGAGCACACCUCCAGAGUCAACGAUCACACCUUCGCAAGUACCGGCGCAUGUACCGUCUGGCUUCGUUUCAGGAGCUGCAGCUUCUGCUUUGGUCCAACCGCCCGAGGCAGGUGCCAUGCCUCCGAUCAAGCUAUUUGAUCCCCACCACGAAAGUCCCUCGAUCAGACGAACCCAAGGAGUUGAUCUCCGCAAGUCGGCACCGAUCAAGCGUUCCGAAGUUGGCGCUCCGACUGUGCCAAUACCAAAUCCGAAACCUAUGAUGAAUGGAGGAGCACCUGCUAACAGAUCAAACUUCGUCAACCCUGCCAUGGAUGCUGGUCGACGUAUCGGCAUGCCAGGCGGAAUGCAGCAGAGCCCAUUGGCAAAUAGAAGUGCCUACAAGCCUCCUGCAAUGAAGAGACCAUUGCCAGCAGAAAAUGCUGCUAGCAGACCACCACUCGCCGACGUGAGCAACGUUCAGCAAACUGAUGGGGCUAGUGAUCCCAAGAAGCCAAAGCUCGAUGCUGUGCAGGAGGCACAACCACCCAGUGGAGAUAUGGAAGCUGCGGCUUAA